UGACAUUUGACUAAGGCCGGCUUCACGUGUGGUUGUUUGGUGCUCUUGGCUUGCAAUUUAUUUUUUUGCAAUUCUAUAUCGAAUAAAUAAAUAAAUUGUUUAUAAACAAAAAAAAUAACAACGACAAAAAAUGCCUUACAUUUGUCUACUGCAAGAGGGUAAUCCCAAUCUGCCGCGUUUCAUCGAAAAGGCCCAACAGAAUAAUUUCACGGUGGUCGCCACCCCACUCAAUUGCAUGGAAUUGCCGCUCGAAUUUGAAAAUGAACCUCUCAAUGAAAAGCAUACCCAGAAUACCACGGCAGAUCUUUUACUUACGGCCGAACAGUGGAACACCCGGGUAAUAAGCAUUCUAUCGGAGACCAUUGAUUGUGAUUCGCCAAAUGAGAUUGUGCGAAAAAAUUCCGAGGAAGUUCUGAAACGUGAUAUCUCGUGGGCAGAGCAUUUGCAAUAUGGUGGCUACACCAUGGUGAAGCUCAAAGGGCCCAACAAUUUGAAUUUGGCACGUGUUUUGACAAAUAAAAUUAAGGGAAUUCUACUGGUACAAAUUCCUUUGUAUAAUUCAGCGGCAGCCCAAACAACAUGGCGCAGAGACAUCGGCGAAGAUGAAACCUUAAAGAUAAUUGAAAAUGGAGACUCUUGGCAUUGGUGGAAUCGUUUCCGUUGGGCUGCCGAUUUUAAUAAUAAGUUGAGAUUGGUACUGGAACUAAAUGAGGGAGAGCAACCUUCAUUGGAUGUCAUAUUGCGUUGGCUGGGCGAACCUUUGGAAGCCGUUAUUAUACCUUCCUCAAUGUUUAUUAGAAAUCGUCACAAUUUCCCCGUCCUACCCAAGACAUGGCAGGAGGUGUUGAAAAUGUUUGUCAAGGCUCAUGUUAAUAUGAUUGUAUCCACCGAUUGUUCGGACAAUAGUUUGAAAUUGUAUUCGGAUUAUCUGAACAAUUUCAGGGAAAUGCAUAAGGAUAGUCAUAUUUUGCAAAGUUUUGAAGAUGUUUUGGAAAUACCCUUACAGCCAUUGUAUGAUAAUUUAGAUUGUUAUACAUAUGAGAUAUUUGAAAAAGAUCCAGUUAAAUAUAAGCUAUAUCAAAAUGCCAUUGAAGCGGCCCUGAAAUAUCGGGUUAAGGAUGAUGAAAUCGAAGACAAAUUGUCCAUAAUCAUGGUUCUUGGUGCUGGACGUGGCCCAUUGGCUAGAGCAGCCCUGAAUGCUGGCGAGAGAACUGGACGUAAAGUACGUGUUUACAUCAUUGAGAAAAAUCCAAAUGCUAUUAGAACGCUUACAGCCAUAGCCAAAAAAUUGUGGCACAACAAAGAUGUCCAUAUCUUCUCGAAAGAUAUGCGUGAAUUCUCGCCACCUGAACCAGCUGAUAUUUUGGUAUCCGAAUUGUUGGGCUCCUUUGGUGACAAUGAACUCUCACCAGAAUGUUUAGAUUGUGCCCAAAAGCUACUGAAACCGGAUGGCAUUAGUAUUCCCUAUAAAUCGGUUUCAUUCAUAAACCCUGUUAUGUCUUCCAAAUUGUAUAAUGCCGUACGUAAUGUUGGGCGCAUGGAACCGUUUAGUCGAGAAAAAGUAUCAUCUUAUUACAACCAUGCUGAAAAUGGUUUUGUGGUAUUGCUGAAAAAUGUCUACAAUAUUGAUUAUCCAAAAGCAUUAUUUGAAUUUGUCCAUCCAAAUCCGGAUAAGCGCAAAGAUAAUACACGUUAUAAAGUAUUGCAAUUUGAAGUACAAUUGGAUUGUGUUCUAACCGGCAUUGCAGGCUAUUUUGAAUGUUGGCUAUACGGUGAUAUUUUGAUGAGUAUUAAUCCGCCCACACAUACACCUGGCAUGCCAUCAUGGUUUCCCAUGUAUUUCCCCUUUACGGAACCCAUGAAUGUCAAAAGAGGCGACACCAUAGAAAUUCACUUUUGGCGUUGUGUUUCAAAGCAAAAAAUCUGGUAUGAAUGGUGUUUGGCAUCACCCCAUACCACACAUGUUCACAAUUUAGGUGGCCGUUCCUGUCCCAUCUAUUGCACAUAAAUUUGAAUGUAUACAUUUAGUAUUAACUCGUUCAUUGUAUCAAUAUAGGAUUUUGUAGGUCCCCUAUUCACUCGUAUCAAAAUUUGCAUUGAGAAAGGUUCGUUUUUGUUAGGGAAUACUACAAGAAACUUAAUUUUCUUUAUGGCAAUUUUGAACGUCUGCAUAGGGUUUAAUUAUAGUUAAAGCUUUAUAGUUUUUAGAAGGGUAAAUAUUUCGUAUGACAUUAUUAAUUUUUUUUUUAUAUUUCCGCUGAGUUUAUGACGAAUUUUCCCUCAUUUUUAUUAUAGCUUAAACAAUUUAUUGACCCACAAAUUAUGUAUAAUUCAGUUAAACUGUAAGCAAUUGUUUUUUUUUUUUUUUUGUUAUGUUAAAACCUCGUAGAGUUUAAGGUUGUAAACUUUUUAUUCAUAAUGGAAUUUAAUUGGCCUGUAUGUGUAUAUUAGUUGUUUUAUAACUAACUUACCAAGGCUUGUUUAAUAUAUAUAUUCUAUGACCAUAAAUUUCAAUUCACAAAUUUAAGUUUAGCUUUAAGUUGAAAUUUAUUUACUUGCAUCUCUCAAGUAAUGACAAUAAAUAUUAUAAAAAACGAAAGAAGAAAAA